GGAGUAUAAUUUUCUCCAAUGUACAGAGAUCGGGAAAUCGUCCUGUUUUUGGAGGCCUGCUCGAGGAACCCAAAUGAACUCAGUUGUGUCUUGAGUGCCAAACCAGUAAGGUCAUAUCUAGGUUCUUCUUCUUAUCCAAGUUAGUGGGCUAGUAGAGAUCUUAUAUAUCUGCUAAAAAAAAGGUUUUGAUUAGAAAAGAGUAAUAGUUACUUACUAAAUCAAGAGAAUAGAAAAGGAGGUACGAAGAAAAGAGCUGUUGAUCAAUACACUUCAAGUGAAACAUUUAGAUAAGAUCACCAUCAGCUAAUAACAACAAAAUUUAUCUUCAUCUCAAAUAAUGGCUCCGACAAUCCAAACAAACAGGACUCCUACUGAGCGAGAAAAACGUCCAACAAGACCUGAAGAAAAAAGGUCAGAGUUACUUUGCAAAGUAAAGUACUGCAACACAAUAGCAGACAUACCAUUCGACUUGAAGUUUAUCAACUAUCCAUUUGAAUCUACAAGAUUCGUUCAGUAUAAUCCAACAUCACUCGAACGCAGUUAUAAGUACGAAAUUUUGACAGAGCAUGAUUUAGGCGUAGAAGUCGAUUUGAUAAAUUGUGGUACAUAUGCUGAUGAAGAUCAAAAUGCACAGUUGGAUCCAGCAGAUGAAAAAUUACUUGAAGAAGAUAUUUUUACGAUACAGGACUCAAAACGGUCUCGACAUCAUGCGCGUAGUGUCUCGUGGUUGCGAAGAACAGAGUACAUUUCUACUGAAAAAACGAGAUUUCAGCCUCAGACAAUGGACAAAGUUGAAGCUAAAGUUGGUUACAACAUUAAGAAUAAUUUAAAAGAAGAAACCUUAUACUUGGAUCGUGCAAGUCAGAUCAAAGCUAUCGAGAAAACAUUUAAAGAUAACAAAAUUCCUAUCGAAAAGCAUUACAGUAAAGAUGGUGUGGUGCCAGUUGAAAUACUGCCUGUGUUACCAGAUUUUAAGUUAUGGAAGCAUCCAUGUGCUCAGGUUAUAUUCGAUUCUGAUCCUGCACCAUUAGCAAUACCCGUACCAGCACAAAUUGAAGCAAUGUCACAGGCUAUGAUUCGUGGUGUUAUGGAUGAAAGUGGUGAACAAUUUGUGGCUUACUUUUUACCACUGGAGGAGACCAUGGAGAAACGUAGAAGAGAUUUUACUGCUGAUAUUGAGUAUGAUGAUGAUGAAGAGUAUGAAUAUACAAUGGCCAGAGAAUAUAAUUGGAAUGUCAAGAGUAAGAGCUCCAAGGGUUACGAAGAAAACUAUUUCUUGGUGAUGAAAAGCGAUGGGGUCUAUUACAACGAACUGGAGACACGUGUGCGGCUAAGCAAACGUCGUCAAAAAACUGGACAGCCACCAACUAACACGCGUUUGAUUGUCAGGCAUCGGUCACUUAAUGCUAGUGAGUUCAAGAUGCAGCGGUAUCGUGAAAAACAAUUAGAACCACCUAACGAAAAUGAAGAAGAAGAGGAGGAGGAAGAUGGAAAUGAAGAUGAAGAACAAGAGCAAGAUAAAACCGAAGAAACGAGGAAUGAUAAAAAUGAAGGAAGCGAGAAUGGAGAAUGUUCACGUCCUUCUUCAAGAGCAUCAUCAGAAGAUUCAUCUGAAUCUAAAAGCCACUCAAAAAAACAAUCAAAAUCUCGCUCCCGUUCGCGAUCAAAAUCUUCACGAUCUCAAUCAAAAUCGCAAUCUCGUUCGCGGUCUCAGUCUCGCUCCCGAUCACAAUCAUCAAGUCCAGCAAAAUCCAAUCAUUCAGGUACAUCGUCUCCCCAAUCAAGAAGUCCAUCACGCUCUCCAUCAAAGUCACGAUCUUCAUCACCUACCAAGUCACACUCGGGAUCAUUCUCAGCUUCACCUGCAAGAUCCAGGUCUCCAUCGAAAUCGAAAUCCCGAUCGAGAUCACGUUCAAGGUCCAGGUCUGCGAGUGGAAGUGGCAGUGACAUCAGUAGAAGUAGUAGCAGUACUAGCAGUUCUGAAAGUGAUUAAGUCAAUCACCUCAUUUCACUUUUUAUUAUUUUGUCUUAAUAAUUGUAAAUCUUGUAUUUUGAUUUUAAAUCCAAGUGUUAUUAGUUAUAUUCUAAUUUAUUGUGAAUUUAGAUUCAGCAAGUUUACAUUUAUUUCCGUUUAUGCCUCUCGGGCAUUGUAAAUCGUAUGUUUGCCAUUAAUUUGAUCUGUUAUAUAAAUAUAAUUUUAAAGUGGUUUAUGUUUAGCAUCAAGUUCUGAUGGAGUAGUAUGCCUAGAUUUCACUAAAAACUGGUUUUAAGCUCUCAGUAUAAUACGACAGAAUGAGUUACGUUGGCCAAAUUAUAAGCGAGAUAUUAUACCAUUUCUCAAACUCUAUUUUUGUAUACAAUAAAUUUCAAUUUUUCA